CGCUCGUCCAAAUUUGCGCGGGUUCGCUGUGGGCAUGGAUUACUCUGUACGGUCGCUUCAGAGAUCACCAGAUUGCCAGUAAAUAAGCGCGGACCUUAAAACGAACAGAUGUCCAAGCGUGCGGCGUUUGUUGAAGCCGCCACGAAAGACAAUGUGGAGGACUUCCUUCAAUUCAUCAAGCGUCAUAAGGACAAAGCAGACCCUUUCGAUGUGGAAGAGGUCGUGCAGGAGAUGUCCAGAGAUCAGAGAGCGUCUCUGUGGGGGAAACUUGCCUCCCUUCUGCAGGACGUCCUGUUGGAGGUCCCCCCUGAGCGCUGGGAGGAGGACGGCAGAGACACGGACCCCCAACAUGCCAUGGCCGUUGUGAAUGGCGUUACGCUCGUGGCCAGCGUGUCACUCAAGGUCCUGCAAGAUGGAGACUCCUACAAAGGCCUUCUUGAUGUUGCCCGCCAGCUUCACAAUGUUCUACUGUCUCUUCCGGUGUCGGGGGCCCACGUGCCGCCCCACAUUCACACGCUGUGUGAAGCCUGGUGGAAAAAAGGCCUGCAGGACAAAGAGAAGUUUGGCCACACUGCUUUCAUCAUCUCGCUGCAGAAGAGCUCAGUUUUGGAGAAAGUGGGUUCUGAAAUCCAAAGAGUCUGGAGCCUCCACAAGGUGCUGUUGGAUGUGGACUACGCCUCUAGCAAGGAGCUCAUCGACCAGCUGCUCCAGUGUUUCUGCCGACCCGCCUUCAUCAGAAACAACGAUGGCAAGCGCUUCCUGGUGUUUCUCUUCAGCUGGGACAUCAAUUUCAUCAGUCUCAUUCACAGCACCAUCAAAAAUAAUCUGGAGUUCUUCAGCAAGAGCACAGUGUCGCACAUCACAGAGAUCUACUUCAGGGCCUGGAAGAAGGCCAGCGGAGACUUCCUGGAGAAGAUUGAGAAUGCAUGCAUACAAGAUUUCAUGCAGUGUGCCAUCCUGCUGCACAGAGCCUCACCUGUCCACACAAAAGUCAGACAGAUUUUGAGCUACUUCCACACAAGAAAAAGCUGCCACCGAGUGGACAAGAUGCUCAAUGACUUGUACAAGCCCAUCCUUUGGAAAGCCCUCUGUGCCCCUAACUUUGAAGUUCGUGCCAACGCCACUUUGCUUUUCACCUCGGCGUUCCCCAUCCACGACCCCGAUCAAGACAAUGAAAAAAUUGAUGGGGCUGUUCAAAAGCAGCUGGACACCGUCAUGGGUCUCCUUUAUGACCCUCACCCCACCGUACGCUCCAACGCGAUCCUGGGUGUCUGUAAGAUGCUUGCCAAGUGCUGGGAGCUCCUGCCGCCAGCCAUCAUCACGGACUUCCUGAAGAAGCUGUUGACAGAGCUGGCAUCCGACACCAGCUCCCCCGAUGUCCGCUGCUCUGUCUUUAAGUCUCUCAGCAUUGUCCUGGACAACACGCUCAGCCACCCUCUGCUGGAAAAGCUGCUGCCCACGCUCAAAUAUAGCGUCCACGACAAGUCGGAGACUGUGCGCAUAGCGUUCCUCGACAUGCUCAUCAAUGUCAAAGCAGUGCGGGCAGCCAAGUUCUGGGACGUGUGCAACAUGGAACACCUGCUUGCCCGCCUCGCUUUGGACUCCCAGUCCGUGUCCAAGCGCGUUGCCGAGCUGCUCUUCAAGUCCUUCUUCCCCGUCGACGAUUCGGAACGGGAGUGGUGCAGCAGGUGCAUGACCCUCAUCCAGAUGAACCCCAUGGCAGCCCGAAGAUUCUACCAGUACGCCUACAUACACACCGACCCCACUAACAUAGUAAAACUGAUGCUGGCCAUCCGCCGCAUCCUCAACACCUGCAUUCCGAGUGAAGGCAGCGAGAUCAAUGACAGCAACAAGGAAAACAGCAUUGCUGAGAGUGGACCUCUGGCCAACGACAUGGUGGCCAGUCUGCUGGAGGUGGUGGCCAUCCUGUGGCGAAGCAUCAACAACGUCUUGAAACGCAACAAGGAGGCUCAAACGUUCGUGUACACCAAGUUUGGUGGUGUCAUGAGCAAGUACUUCAGCAUCUUUGAGGAUGAGCGAUGCACAGCUCCUCUUGUGCAGAUGGCCUCUCUCCUGCCUCCCAAUGCAGUACCAACAUUCAGCUGUGGUGUGCUCUCCCGGCUGAGGAGGAUGGACUCUGGAGCCACGGCGGUGCAGUACGGCAUGCUGCUGGACUGCAUGUGCAUGUGGGGCCAAGCUACAAGCAUCUUGGAGCUCAUCACUGACUGGCUUGCAGAAGCCCUGCCCAAGAAACAAGGGGGAACACACAACAGUCAGAAGGUGCAGUUCCAGGAGACAGUGGAGGCCAAACCGGACAUAGCGCUGGCUUACUUGGAGUACCUACUGAUCCACUCGUCCACACGGGACAAAGUCCUGGCUCUUAGUCAGGGUCCACUCCGUGAGCUCCAUACAGUUCUAGGAAACUGGAAGACGGUGCUGUACUCUCACCUCAGUUCCGCCUCUGAAGGUGCACGCGCCUCCAGUGUGGCCCUGAAAGCCUUCACCUGUCACGGCCGCCUCAGUGCGCACCUGCAAAAUGGCCUGUCAGACGGCCGCGAGUACCUGCAGUCUCUGGCGCACACGGCAGCGUGGGUGGCCGAGAGGGUGCUGCCCUUCCUGGCCAAAGGUCGCCUGGGAGACGCUGAUGAGGAUGCAGAGACAGCGACACAAUUGGCGUUGGAGAUAACCGAGAACUUCCUGUUGGUGUGCAAAGACGUGGUGCUGGUGGGUUUGGCUGACGACAUCCUCAGGGGUGAAAUCCUGCACCUGUGCUCGCUCGUCCUGCUCUCAGAGACGGGCUACAGGUGCAUUCCGGUGGUGCUGCAGCUUUUGAAGGAGGUGACGGACAGUUUGGUCCUAGAAGACAACAAACAUGCAGAAGGAGAUGAGGAGGAUGCUGCCACCGUGUGUCUGGGCUUGGUAGCAAACAUAUUCCAGAAGAUCAUAGAACGCUUGGCUCGCCGACUCAAGACGGAGCCGGAGGGCGGCAAACAGUUGUGUCAGUCGGCUGUGCCCGGGAUGACAGACUUCCUGCAGGUGGCUCAAAGCUGCACGUCGGCCCCCCUCAAUGGGGUCUUCUCCACCCUUUUCGCCAUCAUCAUCGUGGAAACCAAGCACGCCCUUCAGAAGAUCACAAACCCAGAAGAGGUCAUGAGCCCAGAGACGGUGGAGGACAUGCCACCUCUGUCUGCCGUCCUGCUCUCUGUCCUCCUGAAGUCAGCAGCGGUCACCAGGGCGUUUUUGACCGAGGUGGUCUCCUCUCUGGACAUGGAGGCCUUCAGCGGUGUGAGCGAGCUGGUGGCCGUCGUUCACAUCCUGGCGGUCCUCAGAGGCGCGGGACAGUCCAAGGCGUGCUUGAAGAGCGCGGCCAUGCAUGUGCGGCAGCAGCUUGAUGUGCACGCCGACAGCUGCGACAUCCAAAGACUCCUUCAUGAAGCUGCGGCAAAGACGCUGGAUGAAAUCCUGGAUUAAUCAUCUAAAACACGGGUCUCCAACCAUUUUUCUUCUACGAGCUACUUUUUUUACACAAUGAAAAUGGCAGAGAGCCACCGCUACUCCUUUUUGUAACAUUUGUCUUCAUAGGUUAUUACAACACAAACAAACUGAAUAAUCGUGUUUUGCCAGUUCCACAACUCAGUUUGCAUGAACACAAAAAUGAUGUUAUUCAUCUGCAUCUUGCAUUUCAGUACACAUUUCUUCCCAAUGCAGGCGUCUGCAAGUUUCAUCAUGGAGCUACUUGGACAAAGCUAUUGAGCUAUUUUAUCUAUAUAACAGUUAAACAGUGCUUGAUUCACAUAGCAGAUAUCAACUCAAACAGUGUGGUCAUUGUGAUAAACCAGGGGUGUCCAAAGUGUGGCCCCAGGGGCCAUUUGCGGCCCACAGCAGUUUUUUUUUUUUUUUUUUAUCGGUCUUCAGCACGUUUUAAAAAUACAAACGAACUAAAAUACAAACUAACAAAAACAACAAGAAAAAUGGAGAAAGGGCAGCAAUUUUACAAGAAUAAAGAACGAAUCUAAAGUCAUAAUUUUAAUCACAACAAAAAAAAAAUUACGAACAUUAGGGAAAAAAUGUAAUUUUCCCAACAAUUUCUUGUAAUAUUAUUAAGAAAACAAAGAAUAAAGUAGCAAUUUUGGGAAAAUGACGUUGGGAUAAUUCAUCCAUCCACUUUCAAUGCCGCCUAUCCUCACUAGGGUCACGGGUAUGCUGGAGCCUAUCCCAGCUGACUUCGGGUGAGAGGUCGGGGUGAUGCCCUGGAUGGGUCGCCAGUCAAUCACAGGACACUUAUAGACAACCAUUCACACUCACAUUCAUAACUAUGGACAAUUUAGAGUCGCCAAAUAACACAACAUGCAUGUUUUUGGAAUGUGGGAUAAAACGGAAUACCCGGGGGAAACCCACGCACAUGCAAACCCCACACAGAGAAGCCCAACGGAGAUUCAAACCCAGAUCUUCCCGAUCUCCUGACUGUGUGGCCAACAUGCCACCGUGUGGCCCACGGUGGGAAAAUGUUGUGAUUAAAGUCAAAAUAUGGGAAUAAAGUCACAGUGUUUUGGAAAAAAAAUGACAACAAAGCAGUUGAAACAGUUGUAAAAUUGAAAAACGUCAAAAAUGGAAUAAAAGUAAUAAUACACUUUGUAACCGAUAACAACGCUGAUGCAGGCAGUUUUUUCUUUAAAUAAAUAUAACUUAUCAUAUCGAGAUGUUUUGGUUUAGAAAAUGUAAAAUAUCGAAGUGGCCCUCUUAUUCUUUAAUUUAUGUUUUUUUUUCCCCUCGCUGGGAAACGUUUGGACACCCCUGCCAUAAAUAGAGGCAUGAUGUCGGAGUUGAACACUUCCUUAGAGUUGAAGCAAACUUCAGCAACUGCGCAUGUUUUCUUUUUUACAGGGUUCCGAGACACAA